AUGUGGUUGCCGGGGUCAGGGGGCCGCGGGGCAGUGGUGCUGACGGCUGUGUCUCACCCUCCACAGGUGCAGCAAGCCAGCAAGCAGUUCUCAGCCAGUAAGCACUAAAAGGGCACCAUCAACUGCAUGGUGUGCAUCCCCCGUCAGCAGAGCAUCCUCUCCUUCUGGCAUGGCAACCUGGCUAAUGUGAUCCGGAACUUCCCCAGCCAGGCCCUCAACUUCGCCUUCAAGGAUAAGUAUAAGCAGAUCUUCCUGGGUGAUGUGGACAAGCAAACCCAGUUCUGGCAGUACUUUGCUGGUAACCUGGCGUCCAGGGGUGCUGCUGGUGCUACCUCCCUGUGCAUCACCUACUCACUUGAUGUUUCCUGAACCCACCUGGGAGCAGAUGUGGGCAAAGCCAAGGCUGACCAGGAGUUCAGUGGGCUCACUGACCGCCUGCUCAAUGUCUUCCAGUCAGACGGCCUCAAGGGCCUGUACCAGGGCUUCAGUGUGUCUCUCCAGGGUAUCAUCAUCUACAGAGCUGCCUACUUUGGCAUCUAUAACACUGUGAAGGGCAUGCUCCCAGACCCAAGGAACACCCCCAUCAUUGUCAACUGGAUGAUCACUCAGACCGUCACUGCUGUCGCUGGUUUUGCAUCAUGCCCUUUUGAUGCUGUCCGUUCUGACAUAAUGUACACGGGCACCCUUGACUGCUGGCGGAAGAUUGCCCAGGACAAGGGCUCCAAGGUGUUUUCAAAGGUGCAUGGUCAGAUGUACUUCGAGAAAUGGGUGGUGCUUGUGUCUUGGUCCUCUGUGGUGAAAUCAAGAACAUGA